AUGAACGAUAGGUGUGCAGUGUGUGUCGAAGCCCUGGAAUGGGUUGCUUAUGGGGUUUGUGGCCAUAAGGAGGUCUGCUCCAUCUGCGUGGCUCGCCUUCGUUUCAUCUGCCAGGACCGCCGUUGCUGCGUCUGCAAGACCGAGUCCGACUACGUUUUUGUGACCAGGGCUUUUGGAGACUAUACCAAGAUGGUCAAGGACUUCCCAUCUAAACCAAGGGAGGGUGAGACUCCCUGUGGAUCAUAUUGGUACCAUGAGGACACAAGAGCAUUUUUCGACGAUGAAGAUCACUACAAGAUGAUCCAGGCAUUGUGCAACCUUUCAUGCAGUGAAUGUGACAAGAAGGAGAAAUCGACUAUCCGAUUUCGGAGCAUCCAACAGUUCAAGGGACAUUUGUUCCACCAACAUAGGUUGUUUAUGUGUCAUCUAUGUUUGGGAGGGAGGAAGAUGUUUGUAUGUGAACAAAAGCUUUAUACUAGUGAACAACUGAAAUGGCAUUCAAGUUUAGGAGGCUCUGUAGUGGAUGGAAGUGGUGGCUUCAAGGGACAUCCUAUGUGUGAGUUUUGUGAAACCAGAUUCUAUGGCCAGAGUGAACUGUACAGUCACAUGAGUACUGAACACUAUAAGUGCCAUUUAUGCAGCAAUUUUGGAGAACAGUAUGAAUAUCAUAGGAAUUAUAAUGAUCUAGAGGAGCAUUUUUACCAAGGCCAUUUUCUAUGUGAAGAGGAGUCCUGUCUUGAGAAAAAGUUUGUGGUGUUCCGAUCCGAGGCAGAACUGAAGAAGCAUAGUAAUAUGGAACAUGGGGGGCGUAUGUCUCGCUCCCAGCGUAAUGCUGCUCUCCAGUUACCAACAAGCAUCAGAUAUGGACCAAGUAAUGUACGGCAAGAUAGUAGGCGUGGAAGAAGUGGCGAUUCGUCUAAUGAUCAAGCAAGCAGUGUGGAAACACCUAAUGCUGAUGAUACAACAUUGCAUGAUCUUUCGUCAUCCACUAGCCAAGCUGGUAGUUCGGAGUUACUUGGAGAUAGAAGUGACAUUGAUCCAAUCAUUAAGCCGUUUGAGUCGUUAAGUAGACCUUCAAGUGAUACAGAAGCAUCUUCAAAGUACCUUCAAGUAGUCUUGGGGAAAAGUAGUGGGAAAGCUAAAACGCAAUUGGAGGAUUCUUCCUUGUUUCCUCCCCUUGCAGCUGGCAGCAGCGGCAGCAGUCAACUGACACCCAAACCUUACUCAGUUCAUGCAUUACCUAACAACAAUACCAUGGCAGCAUAUCUCCGUAGGCAAAGCAACCGCAAGAUGGCUGUUGAAUGUCCUGAUACUAAGCCUGCUGUUAUUGGUUCGAGUGAGGCUUGGCCAGCAGCAGGGCGUGUAGCACCAGCUACUAGUUCAUCUCAGACGCCGUGGCCUAGAACUAAUGUUUCAGGGAUGACCUCAGUAGUUACCAAGCCUGCUGUUAGUUCUAGUCAGGCUUGGCCAGCAGCCAGGCAUGUAGCACCACCUACCAUCUCAUCUCAGACGCCAUGGCAUAAAACAAAUGUGAGUGUAGCACCACCUGCUACUACAUCUCAGACGCAGUUGCCUAAAAAUAAUAGUCAGAACAAGGUGUGGCCGAAAACGAAGGUUUCAGGUUCUAGCUUUGCAAGCUCCAGUCUGCAGGCUCAAGUUGAGAACCAAGAGACAUCAACAGAAAUGCGCAAGUGUGUCAGUUUGGAUUUCCCUCCUGUUGCUGCGGCACAAGUAGUGCAUAAGUUGCCCCAGCAAACUAGUGAGCCUUCACUGGAAGUGGGGGAUUUUCAAGCUGCUAACAGGUCCUUGGUGGAAAAUAUUCGUGCUGCUGUUGACUUCGAUGAAGUCACAUAUGAUGCAUUUAAGGACAUAUCUACACACUACAGUCAGGGAUUAGUGGACGUCAAAGUGUAUUUUGAUUUAGUGAUACAAUUUGGUUUGUUACAUCUUGUCCUUGACUUGGCUAGACUGUGCCCCAAUGCUCAGAAGCAACGAGAGCUGAUUAAUGCCUACAAUGCCAGUAUGAGAAGCAAUGGAGCAGAAGACAAUGAGGAAUGGUUCCAGGUCAAUGUUCGAUUGAAAGAUUCGAAGAAGGGUAAAGGGAAGAGUUCUAAGAAUGGCACUACUGCAGCAGCGGUCUUAGAUCUCAGUAAUUCAGCCGGAGUAUUGCCUGUCCAGGGUGUUUGGAAAAAUAAAGGUGGUCAUAAACUCUUUAGUUAG